ACAAGAAAGAACAGAUUGAUACAUUAACAAUUCGUUACAAUAAUUUCUUAUUUAGUAAUAGAUUAUUAAUCGGUAUCUUAAAUUAUGCAAUUACGUCAUCUAAAGGAGACAUUCUUGUAAUCGUUUAAUUUAUGCAGGACUUAAAAAAUCAAUACAAUCAGUUGCGGCGUGGCCAUUGCAUCGAAUACAUACUUACAAGUAUUGUAAAAGGUAAGAGCACUGGUUGAAAUAAUGUUAGUCGAAAAACAGUUAUCGCGAUCGUGUGGCACGCCUGCGUCAUUCGCUACGUAAAUGCAGAAUAUACAUAGAGUAGGAUAGAGAUGUAGCGAUAAAGACAUACGUGGACGAGACACGUCGGGGUAAGGGCGGCCCUUAAAAAAAUCAAUAAUCUCAUUACGAAAUUGCACACAGCAUGGUGUGCGUGUAUUUCGCCUGUACCGUGGCAGAAGUGACGGCGUGCCCCUCGCGAUCAGGAUCGUAGACAAACACCGCUGAUCCUUUCAAAGUUAUUUUUAAAUAUAUUUUAUUAGGAACAAUAAAAAUAUUUAAUAAAUAAUUAGGUACGAAAUAUAACGUAUACGUAUACACACGAUCAACAGUUUUGAGAUAUUUAUUUUCAAAAAAUCUCCUUUAUCAUAUAUUUAAUAAAAAUGCGAAUCUUUUAUAAAUAAAUGAAUGUUCUUAUUCAGGUGACGUUAGGUGUGCUGUUUUAAAUGGUGAUACGUUUUAAUCUCGUACCGUUUUGUAUCAGACUCUUGUAAAUUUCAAUGCUUUACGUUUAAGAAAACAAUGUAAUAACUACGAGUAAUUUUUUUAGGGUCAACCUUGCGCGUUUAACUAGCAAAUGUUAUGAAAAAACAAUUAGUACGGGGAGAAACGCAGUUAAAUCCGCAACAUCUGGCAAUUGUAUCGAGAGAGUGGGUGGUUCGAAGCGACGAAGGAGUGACAAGAGGGUCAGCGUAAGAAACGCGUGUGGCUAACCCGGACGAGGAGGCGACGGAACGAGUCUCCGCGAAGGUCCCAGCAGGCCGAAGCGAAGCAGUCGCAGGAUGUGAAUGACGUGGCCGUGACACGACCGACCCGGAGGCGCUCGAGCGUUGUCCACCGGGUGUGUAUAACCUGGCCAGGUACGUGGUGGUCGCCACCGCCGCCGCCGCCGCCCUCGUUGGCAGACGGCCGACGGAGACGAGAUGGACGAGCCGGAGUCCGCGGAAACGUGGUCGGCCUGGUUCCUGGACGCGAUCCGUAAGAUCCGCAGCCAGAAACAGAGGCCCAGCGUCGAGCGGAUAUGCCACGCGAUCCGCCAGCACCACAACUUCCACGAGGAGGAGAUCGCCGAGCACCUGGAGGUCGCCGUGAAACGCGGCGACGUGCUCAAGAUCUUCAACAAGGGACAAUCCUCGUACAAGGACCCGGGUGGCUUGCAGUCCAAGCCGCUCAAAGUCGGCAAAGCCUCCGAUCUUAGCAAGGUGCUCGGCAAGGCCGUCAGAGAGCUAGGCGAGAGAGAGGGCUCGACCCUGAAGACCAUCGAGAAGUACAUCAGGCAGAGUCACACGGUCGAGGAAGAAGCCGAGGGCGACCUGAGGACUGCGCUGAAACUCUCCGCGAAAAGGGCGGCUGAUCGAGGUCUCGUGAUCCAGGAUGGCAGGCUCUUCCGGCAACCGGACAGGCCACCCUAUUUCAAGAAGCUUGGGGACACCUCUUACGUCCCGCCACCGGACCCACCUAUCCCCAAGCUGCCAGCCCCUCUACCGAUAUGCAGGGAGUGUCUCGGUGCAACGAUAGCUGGGAACAACAACAACACGAAGCGCACCGCCUUGGAGAAGCUCAGCAGGUGUAGCGUGUGCGGUGCAGCGCUGCACAACUCGUGCGCUCCGCCGGAGCUCUCGGUCCUCGUGGACAGGGGUAUAACGUGGUCUUGCGACGAUUGCUCGCCGACGUGCGCCGGGUGCGAGUUGGAACGCGAGUCUCAGAACUAUCUGGUGAAGUGCGCCGGGUGCGUAAAGUGUUACCAUCCCACCUGCUUGGAUCCCGCGCUCGACAAAAAGAACAAAGCACCCUGGAGGUGUCGACACUGUCAAACGGCGCACACACCGGUCGCCAAGGACGACGGGAAAAAGAACAAGACGCAGGACGCGGGCUCUCUCGACGAUACGCCGGCCAGCGCGAGGAAGAGACAUAGCAAGUUACGCGAAAAUAGAAAAUCGGCGGUAUCCAGAAAGAGCUUGACGAUUGCAACUCCGGGCAAGAAAAGCAGCACAGGAGCACAGGUGGACAGCAGCUCGGACGGUAAUGCGGGUGUUGUCUCCCCUCGUCAACCACCUUUAAUUUCCUCUCCUUUACCACAACCCCCCGCCCCACUCGCAGGCCAGGGUAGGCUACUCGAAGAAAAGAACGACCGGAUCUCCAAAGAGAAGCAAAAGUUCUUUAGGCUGAGCGCAUUUAACGCGGAGCACAAUAAGCUGAAGCGGGUGGGGGGCGGUGAUAAGUCUAAAUCCUCGCAGAACGUUAGUCCUAGGUUGACUCGGGGUAACGCGAACCAGAAGAAGUCGCCCGUGCCUGGUAAAAGGGUGCCGUUAGUGUCUAGCAGCAGCAGUAGUAGCAGCAGCAGCGACGCCACCGAUACCGAUUCUUCCGACGCCAGCGACUCUAGCGACGAUGACGACGAGGAGGAGGGUAACAGCUCGAGCGACUCCAGCGACUCGUCCUCCUCGGAGGACGGUCAGGAGGGACGCGUAGUCGAGUCACCAAAACCAAGGGUUCCGUUCUCUUGCGAUCUCAGCGAGGACAAGCCUUGGGGUUUUGCCGCGGCCGCUGCUAAGCUCAACGUGGAAUCGCCGUUUUUUAGUAACAUUAACAAUACCUUCGGUGCUCCGUUGCCUAAGCUCGACGUAGGUGGCACGCCGACGUUCGGUUUGCACAUACAACCGGCCGCGAACGCUAUUUCGGACGGCAAGAAGAAGCAAAAGAACGAACGCGCCGGUAGUAUUACACCAGGCGGUUUCGCCAACAUGGACAACAAAGUCAAACCCGGUGCUGGCCAAUUGAAAGGCUUGUUCGACGGUUUGAGCCAUUUUUUUUCAGUACCUACCAAUAGCAGAGCGAGAUCUGGCGCACCCGCGCCUAAUUACGCUCCCGAUAGAAGAAAACGGCCUAACGCGGACGACGCGAGCAAACCGAGCAAACCGAGCAAGCUCCCGAGAGUCGUACAGAGCAACAAAAUGGACAAGUCGCCCGUAACCGGUAAAUCGAAAGAGAAGAAGAAAACGGAGUCGCAGGACGAUGGGCCUAGGGUACCCAGACCUGGGAUCUUCACGCCUUCCGACGAGAGUUUAUUCGUCGGCUCGUUGAACGAGAAAUUACCAAAAAUGACACCGUCGAACCUGGUGAAAACCGCGGUGAACAGUAAAAGGCACGAACACGAGAGGAGAAAACUGAUGAAGGACGACUCGUCGUUGGUCAAGUGCGCCGCGACGGACGCGUUGUCGCCGUCGUCCACGAGGCACGAUCACCUUUCGCGAAAGAGAAACACGCUCCCGGAAGCGAAUCAGACACGCCACCCUGUGCCCGCUGUUUCGAAGUCCGGCCUGUGUUCCGAUUCCGUGAAAUCAAAUCCUAGCCUAAAAUCCAAUCCACGAGCCUGUACUAGCGCCACCACCACCAACACCACCACGACACCCCGCGCGACACCCUGCUCCACCAGGAAGGAGGAAGAACCGAUUUUGCCUCAGCACUUGCCACCGGGGGUCACGCAAAAGGAUGUCGAUCUGUUUAAAGACGCUCGGGACAAAGCGGCACGGUUGACGGUCAGCAACGGAGACGACGUGGAGGCCGUGUCCGCGAGUCCUGGGCACAAUGGCUCGAGCACUGGCCCGAGAAACCCCGCGGCCAUUGUCUUUGGCCGAUACGAAGUGGAAACGUGGUAUUCCAGUCCGUUCCCACAAGAGUACGCAAGAUUACCAAAACUAUUCUUCUGUGAAUUUUGUCUCAAAUACACGAAGAGUCGGGCAGUGCUCGACAGACACAUGGACAAGUGCCAGUGGAGGCAUCCACCGGCCACUGAAAUAUAUAGGUGUAAUGGACUAUCUGUUUUCGAGAUUGACGGCAACGUGAACAAGAUUUACUGUCAAAACUUGUGUCUGUUAGCGAAAUUGUUUUUGGACCACAAGACUUUGUACUACGACGUGGAACCGUUUUUGUUUUAUGCGGUGACUAAGAACGACAAGUACGGUUGCCAUUUGGUCGGUUACUUUAGCAAAGAGAAGCAUUGUCCGGCGCAGAGAUACAAUGUGUCGUGUAUCAUGACUCUGCCGCAGUAUCAGAGGCAAGGGUUCGGAAGGUUUCUCAUAGAGUUUAGUUACCUUUUAUCCAAGGUUGAGGGAAUUCCCGGUACGCCGGAGAAGCCUCUCUCCGACCUUGGUCGCGUGUCGUAUCACUCGUUUUGGAAAAGCGUCGUGCUCGAGUAUCUCGAUGCACACAGAGACUUCACGGAGAUUAAACUGGGAGACAUAACUAAGGAGACUGGCGUGUCCGCUCACGACAUCGCGACCGCCAUGCAGCUGUUGGGAUUCAUCAGAUCGGUCCAUUUACCCGGUGAAGGGAACUCUAAAGUGGCUGUGGUAGUCGAUUGGAGCAAGGUAGACGCCCAUAUGGCGAAAGUGCGAAAGAGUUCCCGUAUCAAAUUGGAUCCCGAUUGUCUACGAUGGAUCCCUCUGCUUACGCAGAUUCCAAAUCCAUAUCAAAGUCCGGAGGAAAGCGCUGAUACCAGUUCGGAGUCUUCUCCCAUAGCGGAACUCAAGCAACCGCCUACGAUCGUCGAGAAGAUUCAGAAAGUGAAGAUCAAAAAGAAACCCAGAGGAAGAAGAUUGGGGCAGAGGAGGUCGUCGCCGUCGAAACAGAAGACUUCGCAGAAGUCUGUUGUACAAAAGGAUGUUUCCAACGAGAUGAAAGACGCGAAAGAAACGAAGGAGUCGAAAGCGAUGAAAGAUGGGAAAGAGACGAGAGAGGCGAAAGAAAUAAAAGAAGCGAAAGAGGCGAGGGAAACCAAGGAGUCGGAAAAAGAGGCGCGGGCUGCUGCUACUGAAUCCACCAAAGAGCCGAUGGAAGUCGAAGUGAAGAACGUUCCGACGACGCCAAGGAAUUCUCGGUCCGUGACCACGUCAAAAAACGCGAAUUCAGUGAAAGUAACUCCUGCGUCGGCGAUAAUGACGACGUCGAGGCGAAGGAUCAGAACGCCGAAGGCUGCUGCGGCAGAGUCAGUGGUAACUCCUUUACGAAAACGUAAACAUUCCGAAAAGACUGAAGUUGAGGAAAAGGAGGAGAAGACGGAAGUUAGUUCGAGGAAGAGGACUCGCGAGUCGUUGAGGGAAAAGGAGAAGGAAAAGGAUAAGGAAAAACCGAAGGAAAAGGAGAGAACGAAAGAUAAGGACUCCUUGAAGGACAAGGAUAACGUCGCUGAAGUGGAGAAGGCGUCGCCUAAGGUAACGUCGAAUUCUUCGUCGGCGGUGCACAAACCGGCGAAGAAACAGUGCAAAGUGGACGACAUCUUGCUGAAGGUGACUAGUCGUCAGACCAAAUAUUUGCAAGCGAAACAAGCGAAGGAGAAGAAGACGACGGCGGCGACAGAAGAUGGCCAGUGCAACGGAAAAGAGGAAACAAAGGACGUUAAGACUUCGCCCAUGUCGAGGCGAGGAAGAGCGAAAGCUGAGAAGGAAACUUUGAAGAUGCCUCAGCUGAAACCUGAGAGCCCGACGAAAGGUAGAACCGUUAGUCCUGUGAUACCUCCUCCAUCCUUGUCUCCGUUACCCGACACGGAGAAGACCGACGAUUCUCCAGAACGCAAGCUAUCGCCUGUUCCGGAGUUACCCUCUGCCUCGAAGGAGGAUAACGCCGAAACGAGCAAGAGCGACAGCGUGGAAAACAGCGAACCACCCGUUCCGCCUGAAACGGAAACGGCGUCCGCGAGUCCGGGCGAGUACGAGGGCGGGGACGAAGACGAAGGAGAGGAGGAAGUACCUGCACCGAGACCAAAAUCCGUGGCACAGUGUCCGAGCAUCCCUGAAAGCAAUCCUACCGAGGUAACCGAGAAGACGACGGAGGACACGCAAGAGAAAGAACCGGAGGCAGAGAUCGAGAAGCCCCUCCCGCAGAAGGUAGAGUCGGAACCGCAGAUCGUGGAGGAACCGAGCGAACCUUCGAAGGAAUGUGAUAAAGAUUCAGAGACUGAAAAACCGAUUUGUAGCCCCGAAACGUUGAAAUUGGUACCUGAAGUUUCUUCACCUAAGGAGGAAGAAAGUGAGAAGUUAGAAGCCAUUACUCAGGAAGAAGAUAAUAGCCCUAAGGAAGAGACGAUCUCCGAGAGGUUAACGCUCAAAGAUUGCAAGGAGGAGUUGACACGGCCAAAGAUAGAGACUUCUCCCGCGACUCCCACGGAAAAGAAAGAGCCGUCUGUUAUCUCGAAUAUCGCGUCGCCGGAAACCGAGCCGCUCACGCCACAGGAGAAAACCGUACCUAUUAUAGAGCAGCAGGAAACCAUGCAUCUUCAAACUCAACCGGAGGAGAUGAAGCAAAAUUCGCCAGAGAGCGGUAAAACGACGCCUCACUUGGAAAAUCCCGGUUCUGUGAAACGGACACCACCCUCGCAGCCAGACUUACCGUCUAUGGGGGUUUACACGCCCGACUCGACCACGAAUUCGGUGCACUCGUUGCAUUACGGUCAGUGCGACUUGGACGUCAGUCAACUGGGUCUGGAGUCUCCUACCUCGAUAGCUAGCGACCUCGCGUCUCAAAACAGCGUCGAGAGGCCACCCAGCGCAGUGCCAUCGAUGCCAUCUACGGUUACCGCUCCGAUUUCCGUUCCCAUGCAGAUACCAACACCUGCUUCUUCCGUGCCUGUAAAUAUAUCACCGCAAGUUCAAUACGCUGACUGUUCGAUGCCUCAGCAUACCCCACCAGCGCACGUCAGCAUUCAUCCGAUGCAUCAGCCUCACACGCCGCAGCCUCUUCAGCAGCCCAGGACACCGCAGUCGCACACGCCUCAAAGCAUACCGACGCAGAGCCCCCAGCCGCUUCCUCAGAGCCACACGCCGCAACCGAUGCCUCAGUCUCACACGCCGCAGCCUAUUCCUCAAUCUCACACGCCUCAGCCGAUCCCUCAGUCUCACACGCCGCAGAGUAUACCGACGCAGAGUCCCCAACCUUUGCCUCAGUCUCACACACCGCAACCGAUACAAUUGUCGUUGGGUCAACAAACGCAGAGCCAAAGUAUGGCGCACAGUCAGUCCCAACCACAGCAGCAACAGCAGCAGCAGCAGCAACAACAACCACCGCAUCCGCAGCAACAACAGCAACAGUCGCAAACGCAAUCUCAUAGCAAUAAGAGAGCCAGCGGUUCACAGACCACCCACAGGUCGAGGUCAGCCCAACAGAGUAGCAGAUCUCAUCGAACCACACCUCCCACGCCGCAUACCCAAACCUCUUCUCAACACACGACUUCUCACACGAGUCACACGACGGUGGCGCACACAACCCACGUCCCGCCGCAGUACCAACAGUCCUCGUCGAUGAGCGUACCGCCAGUACCGCAUCCGCACUCUCAUACGCACGCAGCUCAUUCGCACAACAUGGCCGUUAUCUCCCAAGGGAACUACAUGGCCGUCGCCUCGCAGACUUUCCCCACACAGAACACGUACGUGAUACAGCAUAGGAGCAGCAGAUCUGGCGCUCCAACGCCCUGCACUACGGCAACCAACUUUUACAUACAGACUAGCGCCAUGCCUCCGCAUUCGCACACGCCGGCGCCUUCCCUGUCGGCCUCUGGAAAUCAUCAGACCACCAACUCUUGCAGCCUAGCGAAAUUGCAACAAUUGACGAACGGUUUGGAUAUGAUACCGCCUACUCCGCCGCCAGCGAUGAAUCUGACGCCACCGCCGCCAAUUCCGCACACCAUGACGCCGCCGCAAACGUCGAGACAGUUGCCCACUCCGCCUCAAGUACCUCUCGGUUACGCGAAGAACUAUUACAACGUCAAUACUGUACCACCGCCAGGGACACCUGGACCGCCUAGUAGAUCGACCUCGAGGUCGUCUGCGAAUGCGAACAUGGCGUCGCUCACUCAACCGUAUCCCAGCGAGAGCCUGUACAGGCAAACCCUCGAUCCUGGAAGUACCUGUCCCCAGAUGCAGAGCGCCGCCAGCAGAGUCAGUCCAAACGUGGCGUUGAACACGAAUCUCAUGGCCCAGUACGGCUACCGAGUGGCACAACCCGCCACUGGCUAUAUGAAUCAAGCAGCGCAACUCGGCGGCUUCAUGAACCAGGCCAGCCAGCUCCCAGUGGGAGUUGUGAACGUACCUACGUAUCCCCAGGAUCCUCAUCAGCAGAAUCCAGCGGCGGUGUACACAACGUAUCACGGUUACAUUAACGGAGGCCUUAUGCAGCCCCUGAACAGUUCGAUGAGGCCACGCUAGCCCCACUGAUCUGAACGCACAGUCUCCCCUAACCAGCAACGACGAAACCGCGUGAGAAAUACGGGGACUCUUCGUGGCUCGUCGACCUAGCAACGAUCACACUAUCACGAUCACGUCGGACAAGUUAACGCUCUCUUCGAUACGAUCUCCAACAACGCAAAGGGUAACUCCGAGUGACCGUCGUUGCUAUAGUCGCGACAAGAUCAACCAAACUGUCGAGAGUUGUCGAUAGAACCUACUACUUCCAUUCUGUACAGUCCGCUCUGUCUCGUUUUUUCUUCAUUGAAAUCUCUAGGCACGCGGUGCUUUGAUUUUGUCCCGACCAUAGCACUCGUUACUCCCUUGCAUUUACUCCCACGCUCGUCCAUCUUUCGAACUAUUACGGUAGACUGAUCUUUCUAUCCAAACGAAUCGCGUAUGUAUCAAUUUACAGGCACGUUACUCCGCCGUCGAGUCUGAACCACGGUUUUUCUGCCUAGCCGCACUCUAUCAAAACGUAUUCGACGCAUUGUUUUAUUUUUCUUUUUUUUUUUUUUCCUUUGAUAGUAAUAGUUAUCCCGGAGACUCGAACGCACUUCAGACCACGCGUGAUCGAUAGAUGUGCUUGUGCGUUCCAAUAACCGAAGAGUUCGUAUUAAAAGGAUUCUUAACUUGUCGAUAUAUGUAUAUGCAUGGGAUACAAUCGCGGUAUCGAAUAGUGAAUUGCGAAGCAUGGGUUCGUAACUUGUGCAUUUAUGAAACUAAUAUGUACCUUGAGCGUUGAUCUGUCGAUCGAUCAAGGUGAAAAGAUAUAUAUA